AUGUCAUACCAAGAUAGGCUGUCGGUUCUGGCCACGGCGAAAGUUGACCCAGAGUUACAUGAGUUUCUCGCAAAAGCGAAUCUACCGGCUCCCAACUUCAGCGACAUUGUCGCUUUCAAACAAAACUCCCUCCAGCGCAAUGAAGCCAGCAGAAAGGUCUUGGGUCUCCCACCGGCUGGCGUCAAGCAGACCGAACUACAGUACAUUACCGAGGACGGGAGCAAGCUCCGUGCCAAACUAUAUCAACCAGCAACUCAACCGUCCAGCGGCAGUCCACUUAUCGUUCUCUUCCAUGGUGGUGGCUUUUGCACUGGGGAACCUGAAGGCGAAGAGCAAACAGCGCGUAACUUCGUUUUAGCCUUUGGAGCCACUUGUAUUUCCGCUGCGUACAGACUUGCACCAGAGUUCCAAUUCCCCCAUGCACCCAAGGAUGCCUGGGAUGCGCUGAGAUGGGCUGCAGCCAAUGCGAAAUCUUGGGGUGCAGAUACAUCAGCGGGCUUCGUCGUGGGCGGAACUUCAUCUGGUGCAAACCUCGCAGCCGUCGUUGCUCAUCUAGCCCGCGACGAGAAACUUUUUCCGCCUCUGACUGGCCAGUAUCUCGCAGUCCCGACGCUCCUCCCUCCUUCAAAGGUUCCAGACAAAUACAAGGACUGGUUUCUGUCUUUUGAGCAGAACAGAAAAGCACCAGUUCUACCUGUCGCUGCACUCGACAUGUUUAUGAGCGCAUACGCCCCAAACGAUGAUGACGGUGUACUAUACGCCUCGUUCAACCACCCUCGUGGACAUCAAGACCUUCCGCGUACACUUUUCCAAAUCGACGGAAUGGACCCUCUGCGCGACGAUAGUCUCAUCUACGAACGUGUCCUGCGAGAAGAAUACAGCAUCCAGACCAAGUUCUAUCUCUACCCCGGUCUCCCACAUGCCCAUUGGGCAUUCUUUCCAUUCUUGAAGGGCAGCGAGAAGUUCCGAAGGGAGCAGAUUGAAGGUAUGGGCUGGCUACUUGGUAGAAAUCCGGAUUAUGCUCAAGCACAGACAACGCCUAUCGCCGCUGUGGCAUAG